AUGCCCUCUACUGUAGCGCCUGACAUCCUUCAAGACUUAGACAGCCCUGUGGCAGUACCCCAGGGACAGAUCAAGAAGAUUGCCAUAAUUGGCGGAGGCGCCUCGGGUGCCAUUGCGUUGGAUGCAUUGGUCAAAGAGAACACCUUUGAAGAAAUUGUGCUCUUUGAGCGACGAGACACCUUCGGUGGGAUCUGGGUUCUUGACGAGUCCCCAAAUGCUGCUAAUGAGCUUAUCAAGGCUGGCGCCCUGACCGCACAGCUCGACCCUCCUUUGGAAAACCCUUUUUCUGAACACCCCAAUGAAAAAAAGAUUAGAGUGCUCCAGCAAAAUCAGGAGCGGUUUAUUCAUACCCCGUGCUAUAGCGGUAUGCUCACGAACAUUAUAGAGAAUAUGAUGACAUACAGUGACCAGAAGGAAUGGUUGCCGGGCUCAAAGAACAAGUAUGUUGACAGGGAAGAUGUCAAAAACUAUAUAGACUCAUACAUUGGGCGCCACAAGCAGAACUCGAAAGUCAGGCUUGUGACAUGCACAGCAGUCGAGGACGUGCUGCGCAAAUUGGCUUCUAAGAAGGUGAUCCCUUAUGAUUUUACCUUAACUUUGCGUCAUCUGCUUAGCGAUGGUACUGAUGAGUGGUAUCAGGAGGAUUUUGAUGCUGUUGUUGUUGCUACGGGCCACUACCACGUUCCCUUCAUUCCUGACGUACCUGGACUUGCUGAGGUGCAACAAAGGUGGCCAAAAGUUGUUCAACACGCAAAAUAUUACCGCAGUUCACGGCCUUACAAAGAUAAAACGGUGGUUGUCGUAGGAGCAAGAGCGCUGGGUGCUGAUCUCACAAAGUAUGCUGCUGACACUGCCAAUAAAGUGUACCAACUGGUCAGAACUAGCGAUAAUAUUCGAGAAUCGAAGAGGCCAAAUGUGGAGACCAAGCCCAGAAUCACAUAUUUUGACCUUAAAGAGAAUGGAUUUGAGGUUGUUUUUGAGGAUGGAUCGGUGGUUGCUAACCCUCACCAUGUAGUCUAUGCCACAGGGUACCAGUUCCUGUUCCCAUUCCUCAGAAGAGAGUAUGGUGACAUUGCACGCAAUGGUAUUAUCAUACCUUCUUUGUAUCAGCAUACUUUUUUUGUCGACGAACCUCUUCUUGUGAUCUUGGGUGUUCCAACAGAUGCAAUCUCCUUCCGUGCAUUCGAGUACCAGGCUAUUCUAGCCGCUAGGUACUUCUCCAGCAGAAUCUCCUUGCCACCACGGCAUUCACAAAUUGAAUGGGCGAGGAAAAGGCUUGCAGAGAAAGGAGAAUCAAGGGCUUACCACACAAUUGGCGCCACUGAUGCUCUAGAGUAUAUGAGGACGCUUACUGUCCUCGGACAAAUCAAGGGACAGAAACCAUUUGGGAGAGAGUUCCCUGAAAUUACAGAAGAAGAGGUUAAGGAGUAUGCUGAAGCCGGCCAGGCCCUUAAGGCCAGGUGGGACUUGCCCCGGUCAACGACUACAUAG